AUGGAACGCAGUGAUAGGCUGGCUAUAUGUGAGGUUCUACUGUCUAGUGUCUGGUCUAGACUAGUGGGCGUUGGGAGGCCCAUCGGUAACAUAUUUGAAAUUGCUUAUCUCCGAGCUGGGGUAUCGCCAUCUCCGAAUCCUGGGACCGGAAGAGCAUGCCGAACCGCUCGUGCUUGUGGUGUCAACGUUCCAAUGGAGCAGUUUGCAUGUUGCCUGAGCGGCAAGCCGGAUCAGAUAACUUUACCCACACAUGCUAGCAUGGGACUGUCCGUGGUGAUUGUCGUCGGAGAAGACGAGUCCAUGGGAUUCAUAUGGUGCGAUGUCCGUCUCAGCACCCAUAUACUUACUAGCUGUCAUCACGCCACGCGGCCAUAUUAUCUAGACUUGCGUUUGCCCACGUCAGACCUCGGCUUAAGAUUUAUUAUAUAUCAUCUACUACUUAUUAUACAAAACUAA